CUGCGGCAACAACGGUUAGAUGGACACCACACAAGUUUGAAAACAGCAGAUGUCGACCGAUUCAACUUGAAAGUUUGAUGCUUUUUUGAAAGUUAGGCGCUGACACAAAACUAAAAGACUUAACGAAGGUAACAUUGUGAAAUGUUUAUUUAGUUGUGUCUUGUUGUUUUUGUUACAUUCCCUGUCGUUAUAUCGCUGCUUGAUUUGCUAGAUGUAUUUUAUAUUUUAUUUUGUUUUUCUCGUCAAAUUCUAAGCCGGCAUAAUAGAAAUUUUUGAAGAGAAACUAUAAGCUAAAAACUUGAGUCAUGAAGACUGUUUCACUUAGAAAAAUUCCUUUUAACUUUCUUCGUGCUGUCUUUUAAGGAGAAGGAACCUCUCGCCAUCUAUUCAACUCCGCAAUUGUCAAGCUUUUCCGGUACUACUGAAAAGCCCGUCAUUCAUUUGCAACACAGCGAACGAGAGACUCGCAAGGUUAACUAAAACAUAAGGGACCUUUAAAACGUUCCUUAUAUAAACAGGAUGUGUGUAGUAACAGAUUCUAUCGUCUAGUUUUUAAGAAGUACAUUAAUGUUAGGAAUCAUGCAUUCGACGUCGCAAUGUUUCUAUAAUUAUUUUACUAGUAAUUUCUAGAUCUAGAGGUCAAACAAAUUGAGUGAAAGUGCAUGAAUUUAAAUGCAACUGCACCCUUCGUAGCAAACGUGAAGGUCAGUAACUUCGGCUGGUGUUAACAUUCAGUCAUGUUAAUUUAUAGUAAACACUAGAAAAACUCAGGAGUUGAACUUAACAGUUUAAAGUAAAAUUAGGGAAACUUUUCUGUCUAAGAAGCCCGUUUGCAUAGACGAUGUUUCGACCCUGCUCGAAUUUAUGAUGCGAUUUAUCGACGAUUUUCUGCGUAAGAAUCACCAAAAUCCCAGCAUAUUUACAGGAGCAAUUUUUAUAGUCCGUUUUCUUUCAGUUCACGUAUUAUCAGUAUUUAAUUGUUUUUUCUUGUAUAGCGAUACUGUAAACAUUUAACACAGUGUUAAUGGAUACCGGCCUUCGUUAAACUUGUUUAUCUUAUGGUGAAAUGAUUGAACUUCCUUUUUGGCGUAAACUCAGUAACUGAAAGGAUUCCGUGGGAUUAAGAACAUACCCAUUUCUUUUGAUUUUAAAAGUUUUGUUAAGAUGCGAUGACCUGAAAAAGCUGUACGAACAAUGGCCACCAUCACUCUAUUUUCACAGCUUUACCCAGUGCUGUCAGACAGACUUUUUGUCUUAACCUUCAAAGUGGACAUUCUUUGAACACGCGAAACGAUCUGCUUGAUUAGCAUAAAGUAAUUAUUAAAGAUACCGCAAAACUGCAACUAGAUCUCGCCCCUUUUGAUAGAAGUAAAAGGGCGAGUGAGACCCCGCAGUUUUGUCCUCACCAUUCAGAACACCUUUAUUCCCGACAAACAUAAUUUUCUUUUCAGUUGUUAAAAAAGCAACCCUUCUGGGUAUUAUUACCACAAUAUGGGCCUUUGUGUCUCAAAAGCCCCGCCGUCAUCUUUUACAUAUAUAACUGUUUCUCUGAAGCCGGCUGUCUCACAUCUAUUCACUGAGGUUUUCUAAACCUUCCCGCCGAAAAUUUUGCUCAGUCAGUGAGGGUUCAUUUCAAGAAUAUUCCAUAUUAAAAAGAAAAACCCCUUUGCUUACCUUGAAUGAUCUAUUGGAUUUUUAUUCCUGCUUGUCAGGGAAAAAGACCAACAGAUCAAAUGAAUAUUGUUGUUGCCGGCUGAAGAAAACUGAUUGCUUGUGUGGCCGUUAUUUUUAUAGGUUUCUGUGUUAUGCUACCUGAAAGUAUGGCUUCUCAAAACCUUAGGACAGUUUUAGAUAGCUCUGUGAAGUAGUUUGUGCCAAGAACCUCCGGCAUACACAUCUUUUUAGACAUGCGCUGUCCAUUCUUUCGAUCCACUUCCGUUUCCACGUUUUCUGAUUCUGCGCAGACUUCAGUUCUUCCUUUUCUCAUUGUUGUAUCUAAACUAUCUCAACAUCGUUCGCUUUUCGUUUCCGGUUCCGGUAGUAGGCCCCAGUCUGGACGCAAAUAACUCGCGCCAAAAUGACAUCACUUGAUGCGAUUUUCUACAAGGGAAACAAGUCGAGCUCCCGGUUUCUCGCUCACUUUGCCACCGAAAACAUAAAUUUCUAGCUCAAGCUUUUCGCUCGAGAAAAAUUUUGAGCCCGACGUUUUGGGAAGUCUGUGUUGUAUCCUAUCAUAGGGAGAGGGAUAGACGAAAAAGGUCAAUUUUCAAAAAGAUAGACGGCCAUCUUAAAAACGUAACGUAGGUUUUAAAUAAUUUUAAGAAAAAAAACUUUAUUUACAGUCUUAUUCGCUCUUCUGAUCCGCGACGUACACUCACUGCAUUUGUGAUAUUAGUGUUCAUUUUAUCUGCAUAUUGAAGACAUAUAGAAAAGUCACGUAAAGAGGCCAAUUUAAAAACCAGACAUCUACAACUUUGGGGGCACAGUAAAUGUUUUCUUACAAACCUACUGACGUUUUUUUAUGAAACGGAGAGGUGAUAUAGUUCUCAAAGUAUAACUUCCUUUCCGCUGUGUAACGACAGAAGUGUCUUUCACAAACAAAUCUUUACCAAGUCGUUCACCUCUUUUCAGUGGGUAAGCUAAAACCUAAGGAAUUUUAUUGAAUUAAAUGAUAAGUGGUAGGCCCUACCCCAGCGGUUUAUAGAGUGGUUCAAACUUUGAAAGUCAGCUAGUGACUUGGAGCAAUUACAUAACUUAAGGAGAGACUAUAGGAUCUUCUUCUACAUUUCUUCUCUAGUCUUCUUUUUUUCGCUCUUUAAUUUGCAUUGUUGAAUUCUUGUGUUCGUUUGUAAAAUGCGAAAAAAGAAAAUGGAUUCGUUCGUUAUUGUAUAUUAUUUGCCACAGAAAGCUCUACAAUAUAAGUGAACAGUAGCAUUGGAAUUGCGGUCUCACCAUUUCUCUAAUGCUCUCCUUGAAAACCCCAAAAAGGAACUCGCGUAGCUUUUAUGUCCAGUUCAGUCUUUAGAAGACAUCUUAAACAACAUCGACUGCUAUUUGAGCUAUUAGUAUCUCCACUGAAAAGUUGCAUUCAGUUGCUUUUAUGGGUAGAAAGUCUUUAUCAUCCUCUUUCGAUAGUACGUAGAAACAAUAUCAUCGUUAAUACGACGGUUGAUUUUUUUUGUUUAAUUUUUUUUUUUUUCACACCACAGGACUUUCCAACUUUCGUAUCCCUCGAAUUUUUGCACGCUUUAACAUGCGUACACGAAAAAUAAAAGGAUCGUCCCGGCAUAAACCCGAUAAGGGCGCCCCUAGCUCUUCUUUCUUUACAGUCUAAAAUAGUAAAGAUAUCACAAGAAAACCUCACUCUUUUCCCGCACGCAUAUUCUUUGAAACAUCAUAACCACCAUUGUUACUCAAUAGAGGAUCGGAGACGAGCUUGUUCUACGUUAACCUGCUUUAACUGAAUGACCAGUCCUGUUGUUGUCGGGCGGUGGAGACGAGUUGUCACACUAACUGGAAAUCUGUGGUAAUUAAGUGGAAGGGCCAAGUCAGUUUAUGGUUUAACCUCAGUUUUCACUUGUCACGGAAUUUUUAACAUGACGAUUUAGGCAAUUUGUUUCCUCCCAUUUUUGAAAAGAAUGUUAAAUAAGCGCUUAUUUGAGGAAAGACGGUGAAAUGAAUGACUUGUGCGGUAAAAAUUUCCUUAUCAAAAGAGCAGUCAACAGCUGAAAAAUAAGCAAAUACUAAUCGUUUAAUAUGCAGCAUAGAUAUUUCCGCGAAUCCUUACAAGGACUGAUAAAAUUUUCAAUUAUGUUAAGCCUAUAUGAGAUUUUUAAAAGUAAAUAACAUUCAACGUUUGUAUCUCUCAGUUCUUAUGAGACUUGCACUGUUGUUUCCAGGUUCUCCUUCUCGCUCAUAGAGAAAAUUAUAGACAUGUUUGAAAUUCUUUAAAGUUAAAGGUAUUCUUCCUUGUCAAUCCCUUCUGCCGCUGUUCUGUCUUGUUAGCUAUCACUCUUUACAUCAUUUUCUCUUUGUUUAAAUUCUCUUGCAAAUGCUUGACUCUUCCAAAGCUGUAAAGACAAAAUGUCAUUAGUCAACGACUUUCUCAUCUUGCUGUAGGUAAUUCUAAACCCCUCGCUGGCUUGCGUCGUUGGUACCUUGUACAAAGUACUAGUGGCUUAGCCUACUAAAACAGCUAAAAUUGAUUUUACUUUCGAACGCUCCCAUUACGGACGCACUACCUGUAUCUGUAAUGAGUUCGAACACCACUCUAUCAAGGAGUGUUGAUGAGAUCCAAAAGAUAGCAAACUUCAUGCAGUUCCUUUCUGUUUGAAUUCCGUCGGGUUCAGCGUAUUUAGUCAGAUUUAGUAAAGACAAUGCUUAUCAAAUAAGAACGAAAAAACGCGCGGAAAGGACUGAAUGCGACUCCCGGUGCUCAGUUUGCAGGUCUGCCAUUGGUCAACCCGGACAGUUUAUAUCUGUGCAUCUUCGUUAAUGUCGUCGCAAUGUCUUUGUUUUCUCUGCCUGUUCAACAGACAACUUGCUCGUUGUGAUUGGCUUAGAGACACUAACAGUUCAACAGAACUAAAAGGGUAUUUACUUUGUUUUUGCUCACCUACCUUUAAAUUUUCAGGUAGGAAAGCCCUAGUUAUACGUCUCAAUUUGUCGGAUUUGCCAAACAGAAAAAUCGGCAAUAUCAAAUAUAAAUGGUGCACUGGUCGAUCUGAAAUAGACGUAACGAACGAGCCGGAUUUGGACGAAAAACCUGGCCUUUCCGGUGGACCAAAAGGACUGCCUGAUAACUGA